GUUCGUUCGUCGAAACGCAAGUGUUAGUGAGACUACAGCGCGCUGUGUUUAAAAGGACUGAUGAACUAAUACAACCUGUUAUAUUUCUUAUAAAAGAUAUAAUAUAAAGUUAUACUAAUUGCAUUUCAUACACCAGAAGACACAAUUUUAAUCACAACUGUAAGCGUCUGUAUGCUGAAAUAUAAAGAAGUAACCAAAAAAUUCUCUCUUUCGCUCUCUACUUCUCUCUUUUGAUCAUCGGUCGCUUCACAUGCUCAUUGAAAAUGUUAUGAUUAGUGUUAUAUUUUGCUAUAUUUUGCACGCGCGCUCUCUUUCUUUACUCUCAUGCGCUUGCGACUUUCACGAAACUGUAAUACCAAAAAAAUAAAAAUAAAAAAUAUAGUAAACAAGGCAAGCCACAUUAUAGUAGUGGCCGUAUUGGUGUAACUGUGUGUGUGCAAAUUGAUGACAACGAAGCGUGUGUGAAGUGAGCAGCGCGUAAAUCGGGUGCAAUGAAAUAAGCUUGACAAAUUUGCAGUGUUUUCGUAAAACAAAGUGCAGUUAAAAAUAAAUGCUUACAUACAUACAAGCAUACGCAUAUCUAUUAAUUUACUGACACAUAUAGACAGAUUCUAGUUUGAAUUUGUUAACACUUUUUUAAUACAGCAUGUCAGGAAUAACGGCUUUUAAUUGAAACUACUCUCAAACGUACCUACAUACAAACUUAUUCAUAUACUUGUAAGCCCUAAACGCGAAUUAUCGCGGCCUCUAACAUGGAUGCACAUUUUGAGCACUUGUGUCGCAUUUGUGCAGCAAACACAAAAAGUAAAAGUAAUUCUGUUGUCGAAAGUGUUUUUAUUUUCAAAACAACUGGCUUGAAGGAUAAAAUAGCUCGUCAUAUAUUUCUCAAUGUUGCUGAAAAUGAUCCCCUACCUAAGGUCCUUUGCAAAUCGUGUUAUCGACAGGUUGAAGCUACUGCCUCACUUUCUAAUAUAGCCAAGCACACACAGCGUGUCUUUCGAGACUUUUUGCUAAGCACAGUGCAAUCGCGCCAAGCUACAGCAGCUCUCGUUAACGAAUCACAAGUGGCGCCAACACCAACGCAGGAGGUAAAUGAAUCCAGCCACAGCGACAGCAACAUUAAGCGGCAUUUCGGCAGUUUGGAUAACAAUACAUUUCGUCCUAUAUUGUUGACACGUCCUUCGGACCCGACACAUGCUUCAGCCGGCAAUGAAAAACAUGACGAUGUUGUAAUCAGUUUGACUAAUAAAGACAGUGAGCAUCAUCAGCGGCAUCAGCAAAAGCGACAACGCGAUGCACCAGAAUACAGCAACAAUCGCAGCAAUGCUAAAAUGAAUAGUCUAACUCAGCCGACCCGGCGUAACAGCGUAUUUGUGGAUUCGCGCUACAGUUCAGCACCGAUGUCGAUAGCACAGCGUUCAAUGCAACUACCACCAUCCUUAGCACCAAUACAUCCAGAGGUGGCACUUUCCAAAGUCACAAAAUAUAGUCCAGAAAAAAGGCAUUCACCAGCAGGUGUUAUCAAUUUUAUUCAGACUCAUGGACGUAUCACAGGCAGUGCACCUACAAUCACCACAACUGAAGUCAAUAAAAGAUACAGUACCGGUACCGGUGGUAGCACAUGUGCUCACGCUAAAAAGCAUCAAGUCCCUGCUUCUGCUACACAGACUGUUAGUAUCGCUGGCGUACCCAAUCUGCCUAAAAGCGUUCUUCAACAAAAGCAACGUAAUCUAAAGAAUGCCCUAAACAACAUCAGUGCCAUACGCGAUGGACAAGUAUCUCUAUUAAAACCAUCUCACCAACGCCAGACUUUAGAAGAUAUUGAUAUUAGACCACUCGUUACUACCACGGUUGUGCCACACCAGUCGUUGUAUGGAGCCGAACCAUCUGUAGAGGAAGCGCUUCCAGAACAUAUCAUUAUAGCUGCACCCAAGAAGAAAAAGGAAGAGCCUGCCACCUUAACCCUGAAAAGUCCACCGAAAUUACAAAAGAUUGGAAUAACACACGCAAAAAAUGUUCACGGAGAAAAUGUAAUGGCAGAAACAUCAUCAGUAAAUAAAUCUAAAGCGCUACCCAGCAUGAGCAGCCUUACCGAUGCUAUUUCCCUGGGUAAUGUUAUUCGAGAUCCAGACCUAUUGAAACUCAUACUUAAGGCACUAAAAUGGCCAGUCACAAUUGGUAAUUGUAAUGAGCAAAUGGCGAAACUAAAGAACUCUAAAUUUGCAGUAAUUAUGUCGGAUAGCAAUCUUCUGCAGGAUAAUGAUCUUACACAGCUACUGGGGCCUUAUCUUGGGCCGAUGAUGGCUAUUGUCCAGCAGCAGCAUAACAAUCCGUCCUGCAAUCCGAAUAAGACUCCUUCUCCACCUGCAAGUCCAUCUGCAACAGCUGAGCUACGCACCAUAGGGGAGUGCACGAUGCCGUAUAAACUACCGCCAGAGACUUCGGUGCAAUUGGUACCGUCUAGUCCGACGGAUGAAGAGCACCCACAGCCACUAACAAGUAGACCCCUAGAUCCCAAACGCCAACAGCGAAAAUCACGUUUACACGAUUUAAGCGGUAACGAGCCACCAAACACUGAGGACAUAGCAACGACGUCAAAAGCGACACUUGUUGCAAAUGAAUUGCUCAACAUAAACGCCAAGCUACUGUCACAAUUUAGCACAAACCCAGCUGAUGUGCUUAAUGAAGCGCUAACUUCAAUGUUAAAACAACAGCAGGAAUCGAAAAUUCAACGUUCGAUAUGUCGACGACGCAGUGCUUCAGCGGCAAGCUCUGCCCUAAAUUUAGAGGACAUUGUUCUCGUUGAGCCCCAACCGUUACUUGAUAAUCCCUUAUCGUCUGAUGCAGAUGUUUCCACUAUUACAUCACUUCCAGAGUUAUCUGAUCCUUCUCCAAUAACGCGACCGAUCAUUAAGCGCCGAAAGGCCGUUACAAAAACAGCAAACAGACCAGAGAUUUCAAUGCCCAAAGCAGAUGAAAAUAAUUCUAAGACUGAGCCCGAACAAGAGAAGAGCACAGAGGAGAUAGUUUGCACUGAUAAUCACUCUAAAAUCGUUGAAGCUUCUUCUAUCCAAAACUCAGUGGAUACUCCACAAGCACCAACCAGUACAGUACAAGAAGUUAUUUCCAGUAGUUGCACAAGCCAUGCACUUGGAUGUGCCAGUGAAGACACAGAUGCCAACUCCGCCACCGCCACCGCUACCAAAAGCAAGUCCAACACUCCUAUGGCGAGUGUCCGUAAAACAAACGUUAAAUCUGCUCUCGGGCAAAAACUUCUAGAAGCUAUAGGCUUACCGCAGCCCGGCAAGGACGCUUUAACAGAAAGUGCCCGUGACACGUUGCGCAGUGCACUAAAGCGGUCGCUAAAGCAAGCUCAAGAACAGCAGCAGCAACUUAAGCGCGUUAAGCAAGAGGAACCAGUAAAACAGAUGGCAGAUUCUACUACUAAACUGGUUGCCGGUGAGUCUUCGGAGGAACACAAGAAGGCAAUCGCUGAACGUGAAUUGGAAUUGUUAAAGCGCAAAACAAAGAACACAGACAAGAACAGCUUGCCUAUCAAAGAUGAGAAAUCAGACCGAACUGAUGUAAGUUCAUCAUCGUCCCGCAACCGUAAAAAUCGCAAUAAAUCAAAAACCGAUACCCUAGACGAUGAUUCUGGCCUUGAGGAAAAGAAAAGCGAGCGAUGGGAUGAAGAUGAUGACUUGCCUUUGAAAACAGAGCCUGAAAAAAACACGGAUCAUAUUAAUCGUCCUACGCGCACGAGCAAAACGAUGUCAAAGUAUUAUAAAUCUCCUUGCGUUGACAAACCGUUGUCGCCUUCAAAGUCACAACAUUCUAUGGGAAGGCGAUCAACCAGACAGCGUUAAGUAGCUCAGCCUAGAUUUAAAUUAUAAACUGAUCGGGCUUUCUCUGAGAUAUAAAAUAUGCUCAGAACUUGUUACACUUUUCAUAUUUUAUUAAGACGCAGUGUACACAGUAUAUACGUACUUUAUUUAUAAAUAGUUUAACUAUUUACUCAACUGGAGUUAAAUAUAUCAAUUGCCUUAUGGACA